GAGCAACGUGUCUGUCUUUAACAGGUUUAAAGCAAACCCUUCUUUCCUUAAAAAGAUGAGUGAUACCAAAGGCAAAAAUCCAGACAGAGAACUCCUUAACUACCCCAACAACUUCACAUCUGAUGAAGAUCAUGAUGUAAUCAAAGAGCAAGACCGUUUGCUUCCUAUAGCUAAUGUUGGUCGCAUCAUGAAACAAAUCUUGCCUCCAAAUGCAAAAAUCUCCAAAGAAGCUAAAGAAACCAUGCAAGAGUGUGUCUCUGAGUUUGUCAGUUUUGUAACUGGUGAAGCUUCUGACAAGUGUCACAAAGAGAAACGCAAGACGGUGAACGGGGAUGAUGUUUGUUGGGCCAUGGCUACUCUAGGGUUUGAUGAUUAUGCUGAGCCUCUCAAAAGGUAUUUGUAUAAGUAUAGGGAAUUGGAUGCGGAAAGAGGUAAUAACCAAAAUAAGGGUCAUGAAAUUGAAACAUGUAAUGAUUAUGAUGGUAAGAAACAACAAAGUCCGAGGAAAGGUUCCUCUUCUUUGUUCAAUAAUAGGAACAGUGGUCCUCAGUCUAGGGGAUUUUGAUUCUGUUUGUUUUUCCUAGUUUUCUCCUAACUUUUGAGAUCUAUAUAUAUGUCCUAAUUAUAUGUUUUUUUUUGUUUUUUGUUUUUUUGGGUUUGAAACUGUUUUGAUCUAUAUGUAUAUAUGUAUUUUAAUUCUAGUGAGUUAUUUAAAGCUAAUUUUUGUGUUCAAUAAAAAAAUUCCUAGUUAUUGGGAGUUCCACCAUGAGAGGGAUAAGUAUUAUCUGAAAUGAAUGAUCUGAAGAUGUUGCAUCCUUGAUCUUCUUCACCCAACAUCUAGACUUUUGAAUUGAGAAUUUAUCUAUUGGUUGUUAAUUUUAAAGUUCAUCAUCGUUCUUCUGAUAUUUUUAAGGAUGAGAAAGCACUGUGUUCAAGCUAGUUUAUUAUAGUGAAGAUCAUCAUAUGAAAAUGAGAAAGACAAAUUUUGUAGUUGUAAGUGACAACCUAAUUAGAUUUUAGAGCAUCAGAGAGCCUAAUGCAACAACCUAACACCAUAUAUAUACAACAGAAAAGACAUAUAAGCCGAUUGAAAAGAUUUUUUAAUGUCAUAAAA